CUUGUUGUGUUACAGUAACUAGCAGAGGAGCGACUGCCUGGUGACAGUAACAGGCCAAUGACUUCCCCAUCUGUCUGACUAAAAGACAAAAUUAGGUUCCAGGCUCGAAGUCAGUCAUGGAUGAUCAAGUGCUCAUCUCAGGUGAUCAAAGAGAAAAUGAAGAGAAACCAUUUCAUCAGAAGAAAACGUGGCAUCGUUUCAGAUUCCACUUCCUGCUCCUGCUUUGUGUCAUAACCACAGCCAUGUACUACACCCUCUUGUCGAGCGAAUUAUCACUUAACAAGCACUACAACAGGUUCUUCAACAUUACCAAAAUGAACAACCAACCUUCUUAUCGUAUACAUCCAAAACAUAAACUCAAACUAAAUGAUACACAUAAACCCGCUGCCUUUCAGUACCACACAGCUUAUCCACGCAACUACCGCUUUAUCAUCAACCAUAAAGACGCCUGCACAACCAUGAACCCUUUCUUGGUCCUGAUGAUUCCAGUAGCACCACACAACAUGGAGGCACGUGAUGCCAUCCGCAAGACAUGGGGCAGAGAGAAAGUGGUCCAGGGUGAGAAGGUCCUGACUCUUUUUGUGCUCGGCCUCCCUAGUGAAAACGUCGAUGAGCUUCAGGAGAAGGUCCAGCAGGAGAAUCUACUGUAUGACGACCUGAUCCAAAGUAACUUCAUUGACAGUUACCUCAAUCUGACCACUAAAACUAUGGUGAUCAUGGACUGGCUGGCCACCCAUUGCCAUACAGCAGCAUAUGGCAUGAAGAUUGACUCAGACAUGUUCCUCAACAUUGACAAUCUGAUCAUAAUGUUACAGAAGCCAGGCAUCCCCAAGGCGAACUACUUAACAGGGAUGCUUAUGUGGAACAGGCCUGUUGUCCGGUCAAAAAACUCCAAAUGGUACGUCCCCAAAGAGAUGUAUCCAGAUGACACAUAUCCAACUUACACUCUGGGCAUGGGGUAUAUCUUCUCCAGUGAUCUUCCAGAGAAGUACGUGGAGAUUUCAAAAACAAUCAAACCUUUCAACAUAGAAGACGUUUACAUCGGAAUGUGCAUGAAACAAUUAGGACUUCAACCCACAUCGCCACCAGAUCCCUGGCAGUUCAAGGCCUAUAACACAAAGUAUGACCGAUGUGAAUACUCCAAGAUCAUCACAUACAUUCUUGGGACUUCAGAGGAGUUGAAGCGAUACUGGACAGACUUGAAAAAGCCUGGCUCACUGUGCUAAGACAAGGAUUACUACAAAAACACGUGUUGGGUGGCAGGGAAUUGGAAAGUAAACAAUUUUCAACUGGGACAACUUGAAGGGAACAACUGCAACAUGAAGUAAAACUCUUUACAAUGACAAACUGACAAACAUUAGAAAUGUGAUUUUGAAUAUUGGAACCUUAUGCAGCUUUCUGUCUGAUUGCACUCUGAAACAAGAUGGUCAAGACAUGAGUUUUUGUUACUUUUUAAUUUUAAUGAAGGGGAUUCGUAGUAUUCAUGACGAUGUGAAGUACUGACGACGAUGUCAGUAGUGUAAAAGUUGAAGUUCUAUUUAAGAGUUUUUAGUAAAAUAAUAAAAGAAGCCCUAAUUUUUGAAGUUCUGUGUCUGUGCCUGAACUGUAUAC